GUAUGGUGUCUCCGGUAGAGACUGCUGGUAUAGCCACUAUAAACACGAAGUGGCAGCAUGCUCAAGCUUCGUCCUUUUCGUGGGACCGCUCCGCAGCAAUAUCGCAAUGGGACAAGGGGAUCGAAAGAAAGACCACAGCGGCGCGCAUCUGUUGUGACAAAGCUGCUAGCAACCUCUGAAAAAGCGAAAGAGGCAAUAUCGAAUCGCUCGGCAUUGAGAAAAUCCAAAGAAAAGAAUGUAGGAGGCAGUGUUUAUCGACCGCAACCCAAUGAAAAGAAGGACCACGAAUCUACGAAAACCGUAAAGAAGUGGAUGCGACGCGUCCUUCCGAAAGAAUUCUCCUCUCCGAGGCCCGAUGGCAAGCCUGGUUUGUUCCCAAGAAUACGAAAGACAACAAGUGCGAAGAAAAGCGAUGGAAAAUUAUCUCCGACCGUCAUUGCGUGCUGUAAUACGGUCACGGAUGAAUCUUCUUCGAAAUAUAGCCGCAGCAAGAACGACGAUAGUCCUCGUGAAAUGAUUCUAGCUGGGCCGUUGUCUUCGUUCGGUGACAUUCUUCGAUCCAUCGAAAACAAUGGCGCUACUUUGAGUACUAUGAGGGCCGAUUCGAUUAGUAAAAGACACAACGAGAAUAUCUUUUUCGAAGACGACGAUACUUGCGAGAGCGCAGAGGUUGCUGCGCAAACUGUUGCUGUCAACAUCAAAAAGAGAGAACUCAAAAGCUCAUGUUCUACAAGAAGUAGGAACGAAGGGCUUUGGGAUAUGCAUUCAAAGGAUUCGAAGCAUGGCAAAGAAGAAGAACCACCAGUCAUUCGUGAAGAACAGAAGAAUUUAUCUACUUCAAAAGCAGAGAUUCUUAGCAAGCUCUUUCCGUUGAGAAAUCAAAAUACCUGCGAAACUGAAGAGACGCCAAUAAAUACUCUAAUGCAAACAACAAAGCAUGACGAAAAAGCAGUAGACAAAGAGAAUGACGACCGAGAGAUACAUUUUAGUCAAUUCCGAAGAGCAGAUAUUAUCAGCUCAUUGUUUCCCUUUGGUCAUCCCGAUGACAGGAAGAAGGAAUGGCCAGUAGCCGAGUCAAAUACUGAAACUUAUGCCGAACGAAAUGAAACCAACUGUUCGGAUAGUUCUGUUAUGGCUACAUCUCCUCUUCAUCAAACGGAGUCAGCAAUGACUUCGAGGGAAAUCGAUGAGAAGCUUCGAGACGAAACAAAUGAGAAUGUUAACGAUAGCCUUCGUCCUACUGAAUCUGGAGAGCAAAAUGAAGACAAAUUUAUUGGAUUGGUCAUUACUUUUGAUCCUACAUGGGAUCUCCUCGUGCCAGAUGAGUCAAAUUUCUCGACAAUAAUGCCACGGUCGAGGCUCAAAAAGUUCCAUGAGAUUGAAAAUUACACUGACUCUCUGCUCGGAAAUUUCGCAGAAGACGAAUUCUCUGAGGAGUCAAUUGAUUUGAUUGCAGGACUUGAUGAGAGCUUCGACACCGAGCCAUCGUUUUCAAAAGACUUUGUAGCUCCGAAAAGCUUGAGCGGUAGCUUUGAAUUAGGUUUUCAUUUUGAUCGUGAGCGAUUUUCGAAGGUUGAUCCUCUCCACGAGGAAGAAAUUUGUUUUUAUUCAGACGACGAAUCAUCGAUCGAAUCUAGGACUGCAAAGUGUCAAAUGAUCAAUUUAGAGACAAUGUCACAACUACAAAAUGGAAUUGAAAUUUGCUUUCCAGCUGGAAAGAGAACGGAAGUAAUAUUCCGUCUCGUAGAAUCGGACAACGCUGGUCAAGAUGAAGAUGUAUGCUGCAGUACAACUACAUCGGAAGAGUACACCGAUUGUAUUGAGUACGAGCAACAGGUUCCAGUGAACAACCAUACAAAUAGUCCUAUACAUAGCUCCACACAGAGCCCCAUACCGAUAUUUGAGUCAACCCCAGAACUCCAUUCACCUGUUCUCAUCAAGGAGCUUACCGCUGCCAAUCUAUAUUUGCCGCGUAUAGUAAACAAAGAUGCUUCCGAUGAAUCAUCGCCAACAAAUGAAGCUGAAAUCGCAACACCGAUAUUUCAAACAGUACCGAAUAAACAUCUCAAAACACCACCACACGUUUACCCUGUGCUCUCGCCCCGUUCAGGAACGUCGACUUACUAUUCUAUCCUAUCUAAGGACACCCCUGAUUCACGUUAUGAGGGAAAGGACGCAUGCAAGAUCCAGUUUUAUGAUGCAGUCAUGGAAAAAUCUCCCGCUAUCCCUUCAAACUAUCGCGACGUGCAAAAUAUUGAUUCCUUUCACAGUCCUAUGGGUGUUUGUAACUCAACAUAGCUCCAUAUACAACAGCUUGAACUCUAAGAUCCGGUUGGGCAUUAAAAGCAAGGAAUUCUU